GUGAAACCAACCAGGGAAAGUAGAAGAGAAACUAGUGGUGGCAUCGGCAAGUUCGCACCCCUCUCUUCUCUUUCAUCGAUUCGAUAGAGCGGUCGCGAAACUUUUAUGUUUUCCUUUUUGCAAAAGAUUCCGGGAAAAUCUUAGUCACCGGAAAAUGUUCCUAUCUCAAGCUAUACAACCGCCUUGCUAUACCGUCAAUUUCUUGCCUCGCUCUUCUCCGAAACCACCGUCGUAUUCCGUUGCCUUUUACAAUCAUUCGACAACCUCCGCCGCGGGAGCUAAAAUCUCAAACAAUCAUCUAAUCCAGUCGUUGUGCAAAGAGGGUAACUUAAAACAGGCGCUUCGCCUCUUGUCUCAGGAACCAAGCCCCCCUAGUCAACAGACUUACGAGCUUCUGAUUCUCUGCUGCGGUCGUCGAAGCUCUCUCUCCGAUGCUCUACGUGUUCAUCGGCACAUUCUGGAUAAUGGGUCUGAUCAAGAUCCUUUUUUGGCCACGAAGCUUAUCGCUAUGUAUUCAGACUUAGGCUCUGUUGAUUAUGCACGCAAGGUGUUCGAUAAAACGCGUAAGAGAACUAUAUACGUAUGGAACGCUUUGUUCCGAGCUCUUACGCUAGCGGGUCACGGAGAAGAAGUGUUGGGUCUGUACUGGAAGAUGAAUAGGAUUGGAGUUGAAUCAGAUAGGUUCACUUACACUUACGUUCUCAAGGCUUGUGUCACAUCAGAGUGCACUGUGGAUCAUCUAGCGAAAGGGAAAGAGAUUCACGCACAUCUUACCCGACGGGGAUACAAUUCGCAUGUUUACAUCAUGACUACAUUGUUGGACAUGUAUGCUCGAUUUGGCUGUGUGGAUUAUGCCAGCAAUGUGUUUAAUGGGAUGCCUGUUAGAAAUGUGGUUUCUUGGAGCGCGAUGAUUGCCUGCUAUGCCAAGAACGGGAAGGCUUUUGAAGCUUUGAGGACUUUCCGUGAAAUGAUGACAGAAACCAAAGAUUCAUCCCCUAACUCUGUGACUAUGGUGAGUGUGCUUCAAGCUUGUGCUUCCCUUGCGGCGUUAGAGCAAGGGAGAUUGAUUCAUGGGUACAUACUCAGGCGUGGGCUUGACUCCAUAUUGCCUGUGAUCAGUGCUCUUGUGACAAUGUAUGGUAGAUGCGGUAGGCUCGAAGUGGGACAGAGAGUAUUUGAUCGGAUGCGUGAGCGUGAUGUUGUAUCCUGGAACUCCUUGAUAUCAAGCUAUGGCGUUCACGGAUAUGGAAGGAAAGCAAUUGAAAUAUUUGAACAGAUGCUCGCCAAUGGGGCUUCCCCAACUCCUGUAACAUUUGUCAGCGUUUUGGGAGCUUGCAGCCACGAGGGACUUGUUGAAGAAGGAAAAAGAUUGUUUGAGUCAAUGUCGAGAGACCAUGGGAUUAAACCACAAGUCGAGCAUUAUGCUUGUAUGGUUGAUCUGUUAGGUCGGGCGAAUAGGUUAGAGGAGGCAGCGAAGAUGGUACAAGACAUGAGGACUGAGCCAGGGCCUAAGGUUUGGGGUUCCCUUCUCGGGUCUUGUAGAAUUCACGGUAACGUUGAGCUGGCAGAGCGUGCGAGUAGAAGGCUAUUUGCUCUUGAGCCGAAAAAUGCAGGGAACUAUGUGCUGUUGGCAGACAUUUACGCUGAAGCUCAGAUGUGGGAUAAGGUUAAGAAAGUGAAGAAGCUUCUAGAAUACCGAGGACUGCAGAAGCUGCCUGGUCGGUGCUGGAUGGAAGUGGGGAGGAAAAUGUACUCGUUUGUCUCGGUGGAUGAGUUCAAUCCUCUAAUGCAACAGAUUCACGCUCUCUUGGUUAAGUUAGCAGAAGAUAUGAAGGAGAAAGGGUACAUACCGCAGACCAAAGGCGUGUUGUAUGAUCUUGAGACAGAAGAGAAAGAGCGGAUAGUGUUGGGACACAGUGAGAAACUGGCGUUGGCGUUUGGGCUGAUAAAUACGGCGAAAGGAGAACCUAUAAGGAUCACCAAGAACUUGCGUUUGUGUGAGGACUGUCACUUGUUUACAAAGUUCAUCUCAAAGUUUAUGGAGAAAGAGAUUUUGGUUAGAGAUGUGAACCGGUUUCAUCUGUUUAAGAAUGGUGUUUGUUCUUGUGGAGAUUACUGGUGAUACUUUGGGGACUUUAUACGUUUGCUUAUGAAUAAUAAGCAAGGGAAGGGAGACAUGUCGACUUGAGCUCCCUCUUGGACCUAAUCAGGCCAAAGAAAUAACAAACAGGUAAAAAACAGUCGAACACUUUGCUCACCUCUUUCUCUGGCUGCUUCAGACACCUCUUCCUUGAGUUUUGACGCAGACGCAUCUGCAGCUGCGGCGGUUUAGUCUUCAGUUUCCUCCGUUCAGCGCUGCUUUCUUGCAUGGCAAGUUUCUUGACUCUACCCUUUAACCGUAGCAACCUACAGGGCUGCAAUUUAGACGUUUCAGAAGCAUUCUGAACCGCGGUAAUGACCUGAGAGCCAGUUUAUCGUAGGAGCUUCCCGAGCUGGUAUCUCUGGCCUUGUUAAAUAAGUUCCCACGGCCUGCACAUUGUCAGAUAAGCUAGUAGCUUUUGAAUUUGCUUCUCUAGCUAUUUCGCUGCUGGCGCUGCAUCUCAGGAUUUCUCAGCUGGGACUUUGGCUUCUUCCUCAGCUCUAGCCCUUGUGAUCCCAUUUGCGAGCAUUUCCUCAUCCCGUAUUCGACGAGUACACAUAGAGAUGUCAAAUGGGCGGGUUGGGCGGGUUUGGGUGUGUCCGAAUGGGCUUCAUUUUUUGCUGGACAUUUUUGGUCGAAGCCCAAAUAGAACCAUGUCCAAAUGAGACCAUAACCAAAUAAGCCCAUGAUUUGUUGGGUUAUCCAUGGACGGCCCAUAUACCCACUUAAUGUAAACAACAUAAUUUCAGUUCUAAUGAUGCAAAGAUUCUUAAGUUUUCAA